AGAUAACUUACAUUAUAUUUAAGAUAAUAUUUUUGUAGCUAAUUGUAGAAGCCGGUGAUUAAAAGAUAAAAUACAAAAUGUUUUUUGACACGUCGUUAUAAAUAUAUUUUAGAGAGAUAAAGUGUGUGUUACAUUAAUGCCGGUUAUUGUGCAUUGUGCACAAUUUUAAAGAAAAAUAAUUUUUGUAUUUUCAUAUUGUUGUAAUUGUGAGGUUAAACAUGUUGCGAAUUGCAAGCCGAAGAUUGAAUAACAUUCAAACGUUAACAAAAAGUUCAGCAUUUAAUAUUAAACAGGCAAGAUGUCUGAGUUUACUUGAAUAUCAGAGUAAAGAACUUCUUAGAGAUUGUGGAGUUUCUGUACAAAAUUUUGCUAUUGUGGAUGACUUAAAUAAAGCAAAUUCUGCUUUAGAAAAAUUACAUGCGGAUGAAUAUGUUAUAAAAGCUCAAGUAUUAGCUGGUGGCCGUGGAAAAGGCUGGUUUGAUAAUGGUUUUAAAGGAGGUGUACAUCUUACAAAGGACCGUAAAGCUGUUAUAGAUGUUGUGAAAAAUAUGUUAGGUCAUCGCCUAUUUACAAAACAGACUUCAAAAGAUGGCAUAUUAGUACAAAAGAUUAUGAUAGCAGAAUCUGUAAAUAUAGAACGAGAAACAUAUAUUUGUAUACUUAUGGAUAGACAGCACAAUGGUCCUGUAUUAAUAGCUUCACCAGCAGGUGGAAUGGAUAUUGAAACAGUUGCUGAAAAAAAUCCAGAAUUAAUCAAAACAAUACCAUUAGAUAUAUAUUAUGGUAUCGAUGACAGUAUUGCUAAAGAAGUCAGCACAUUUCUUGGCAUUGUGGAGCCAACCGUACAAGAAAAAGCAAUAUAUGAAUUAAAAAAUUUGUGGAAACUAUUUAUAGAUAUUGAUGCUUUGCAAGUUGAAAUUAAUCCAUUGGUUGUAACUACAGACAAACAAGUUAUAGCAGUAGAUGCAAAAAUAUCAUUUGAUGAUAAUGCUCAAUUUAGACAACAGGAUUUAUUUGCUUUAGACGAUGGCAAUGAAAAAGAUCCUAGAGAAGUAGCUGCAUCACGAUUUAAUCUAAAUUAUAUUGGUAUGGAUGGUAAUAUAGGAUGUUUAGUUAAUGGUGCUGGCUUAGCAAUGGCAACUAUGGAUAUAAUUAAAUUAAAUGGUGGGUCUCCAGCAAAUUUUUUAGAUGUUGGUGGCAGUGUUAAAGAAGACCAAGUUUAUGAAGCAUUUAAAAUUCUAAGUGAAGAUCCAAAAGUAAAAGUAAUACUUGUAAAUGUAUUUGGAGGCAUUGUAAAUUGUGCUAUUAUAGCAAAAGGUAUUAUUGCAGCAUAUCAUAAUCUACGGCUUAAAAUUCCGCUUGUUGUUAGACUAGAAGGUACUAAUGUAACAGAAGCAAAGAGGCUUCUUGCCGAAAGUGAUUUGUCAAUUCUCACAGCAAAUGAUUUAGAUGAAGCUGCAAAGAAAGCAGUUUGCUCGGUAAAAGCAUAAACUCAACAGCGAUAUUUUAUGUCAGAUCAUUACAGGAGUAAAAAUUCGAAAAUGUAAGGGAACAUUGCGAAACUUAAACGGUCAUAUCGUUUUUAUACAUUGCUAAAAUAUGCAAAGAUCUUAUUUUUUUUCUUUUCUUAAUAUCACUUACAUAAUUCUCAUUUCGAUUUAUCAUUUUUUUAUGCAUAAUUAAGUUCUACGAAGUUCGUAUAUUAAAAAGACUGUAAGCGUGAAAUUAAUUUCAUAACGUUUCGAAUUUAUUGUUAGUAAUUUAAUUAUAUUUAUUUAUUUGAAUUAAUAAUUUUCGACUUUUUACAUUGUAACAAGACUGUUUUAUUUAUAAGUGUUCCUGUAUAGAUCUUAUUUGGCCAUAAAUUGUACACAUUUUAUACAUUUUCGAUCAAACAUCCUCAAUAUUUUCAUAUUUUAUAUAGUUGAAAGCAUAGUAAUAAGAGACUUAAACUGUUUUGUAUGUCGAUAAGAAUGCCUAAGCAUAUUUUUUAACGAUCGUUAAGAAUUUUGUACAUUUAUCUA